UGAUCUGUUUUCCUCAUCUCUUGACACUCGGGAGCAGAGGGUGAAGUGAAGGAACGUCUGGGAAGUGUACGCCGUGUUGGCUGAUAGGGAAAAAGAGAGAGAGAGAGAGAGCUGGAGAGGAGAGGCUGAAGGGCGCUUCGCUGCCAUUGCUGCUGUCGAUCAGGAGGAGUCUUCCUGCUGGCCUUCCUGUCAUCUCACAGUAAGGCGAGAGAAAAUCAGAGAGGGGUUGACUCAUCAGGAUUUGCCGCCUUGGGAACGUGGUAGUUAUUUUCGAGCGGGGUGUUUGGGGGAAGUUAGGGGUGUUGAGGCUGCAGGUGGUGCUAUAGGGAGUUUGUCUGGCCAUGCAGCAACCUUGGGAGCGGACCAGUAGCACCGAGAGUGUCAAGAGAGGCCACGCAACAAUGCUGGGAAAAGGACAAAGUGGCGGAUCCCCCCCCGAGACUACAAGCAAACUCUUGCAGAGCAUCAGUACAGUGCUUGUGGACAACGGCGAUAAGAAGUGCUUCCAGGUAGGUGCGGGCGGUGUGCAGACGACGCCUCAGAACCAGCAGCUCCUCCUGACCCCAGCCAGCAUCCAGCUCGCUCAGCUCCAGGCUCAGUUGACUCUUCAUCGCCUGAAAUUGGCUCACGGUGGCAAUUCAGCCACUGCUGCCACCGUCCUCAAUCAGGUCCUUUCCAAUGUCGCCAUGUCCCAACCGCUGUUCAAUCACCUACGGGCCACUAUGGUUGGGAACCCUCACGGUGCCUUCCACACGGGGGUGCUAGGUUUUUCCCCUUCAAAUUCAGCGUUGGGGGUCUUGGUUGGGGGGGGAUUCAACCAAAACCCAGGGAAUGUGAGACUGAACCACCCUGGUGGAGGGGGGGCAGUGGGCCAACAGGGUGCGGAGUAUAGCAAAACAUCAGCGUCAACUUACCCUUCUGAUACUGACAGGCGUGUUCAGUACAACUUAGUUGGUGGAACAUCUGGAGCGUCGGCCACAGCCGGCGAUGGACAGUACACAGUGAUUAACACUCAGGCAAAAAAUAUGAACAAUGUUGGUUUCCAGAUAGAUUUCUAUGGGCGUGACGUGCUGGGACAACAAGCUGGGUUUAGUGCCAAUGAGCAGAACGUGAAUGUGUAUAACUCCACUGGUCACAAGGAGCAAUGGAAAGGCCCCGCUAACUUGAUUCACACUGGAGGGGUGGAUAGGGUUUCCAAUGCUGCCAAUGUGUGGACUGUAGCAGGGCAGACAAUUCGGUCCAGAACACAACUGUACAACCCGGAGGAGCCGACCCCUGACCCCAAGUUCAACGCCAGCAGUGGGGUUUCCUCUUUUGCUUCAAGUGGCUCGCAGGGGUUUAGGGGCUACCAACCCCUGCAUGGAAACGAGGAAAGCCUAUCUUCAGAUUCCAGGACACUCCAGGCCUACCAAGUCAAUGACUACCAUGCUGUCACACCCACUCAACUGCCACACCAGUGUAGCAUCUGUGACAAGAAGGUCUACAACCUCAAGGACUGGGACCAGCACGUGAAGGGAAAACUACACCUGCAUAACCGUACCUUGUACACACACGAAAGCGCGCCGGUGGUAUCGGCUGGUGCUGUUCACUACGCUGUCGGCAGGUCUUCUGAUGGAGGUCUGAACCACGGAGGGACGAACUCCAUGGUCUACUCGGCUGCAAGUCAAGAUGAAUCUACAGGAGCCAAUGCAUCAUACGUUGCAGCCAUGAAGAUUUAUCCCACGUCAGACACAGGAUUCACCUCACAACAGACAGAGUCAAAGCCAUUUCCACCCAGAAAAGCCACAGCUGGGCGAGUUGUCCACAUCUGCAACCUCCCCGAGGGCAACUGCACAGAGAAUGAUGUCAUCAACCUGGGACUGCCCUUUGGCAAAGUCACCAACUACCUUCUCAUGCGCUCUACUCAUCAGGCCUUUCUGGAGAUGGCGUAUGUCGAAGCAGCUCAGGCCAUGGCUCAAUACUACCAACUUACUCCAGCUAUGAUUAACAAUCAGAAACUUCUUAUACGGAUGUCUAAGAGAUACAAAGAGCUGCAGCUCAAGAAACCAGGUAAAGAUCUUCAGUCCAUCAUCCAGGAUAUCACCUCUCAGCGGGGAAGGGAUGACGAAAUUGAACACUACGUCCCAGAGAGAGCACGCUCCCGCAGCCCAAUCAGCCGCUCCCUGAGUCCUCAUUCCCACAGCCCCAGUUUUACAUCAUGCAGCUCGGCCCACAGCCCCCAGGGGGCACCGUGCAGGGGUCCGGAGAGAAACAGCAAUGGUCUGGGCCCCCGCCGGGGCUCUUGGGAUUGGUCAUCCCACGUAAGAAGGGGUGAGGACGAAAGGGAGAGGGAUGACCCAUGGAGGAAUGGCGGCGGUGUGGAGGACGACCGGCCAAAUGGACGGGCAGCUGAACGCCGGAAGGCUUACCAGAAACCCUUAGAUCAUGUCAGCUCGAGAUCUGCUGAUGAGCGAGAGGGUGGAGGCGGAGGAGGAGGAGGAGGAGGAGGUGAAGGGAUGAGGGGCAAUAGAGACUGGCACCCACGAGGCAGCCCUCAAGGCAUGCCCUUCAGCUCUUACAGGAAAAUGGAGGAUGAGUUUUACCCAAAGGAACACAUGUACAAGUCAGACAAGCCGCCCAGACCUCCGUACCAGAGGCACGACACCAAGCCCAAGAGGAGGGAUGGCGGCGACUACCACAGUCGAUCGAGGCAUUCUGAGUAUGAGAUAACGCAAGAAGACAAGAGGCAGGGUUCGCCGGGGAAAGAUAGGAGCAAAACGACAAGCAGGAGGUUCAUCAGCGCGGAAAAAAAUGAGAAAGAAAAAACUCCGGAAAAUACUGAUCGCAAGUCAAAAGACAAAUCAGUUUCACCUCAGCAAAGCAAUGUGCCAAAAGAGUCUCAUGAAUGUAGUAAAGAAAGAGACACUGCGAAGGAGUGGGAAAGUGGAGAUGAAAGCGAUGAAGAGUGUUGGUAUCCUAAGAACAUGGAGGAACUGGUCACUGUAGAUGAAGUGGGAGGAGAAGAUGAUUCCAUAAGUGAGCCGGACCUUCCCGAGCUGGAGGAGUAUGUAUCCUGCCCCAAAGAGUCUGCAGAGGAAGAAGCAGCGGAGGAGCAUAUACCACCACCUACCUCCUCUUCCUCCUCCUCCUGCUCAUUCGCCUCCUCUUGUGAGGUGGUGACGACAGCUAAUGAAAAGUCUAAUCAGGAAGAGUUCUGUGAGGAUGCUGGAGACCCGGAAGAAAUCUCUGUAAAUGAGAAACCGAUGAGUGUUUUGACAGCAGCCAGUCCUGAAGACCAGACACUCAGUCCAGUGACUCCUGAGCUACCAAUCACCAACCUUAUGGACUUCCCCAGUGAGGAGUUCAAGGCGGCACUGGAGGACGCAAGUUUAGAGGAUAAAGUAACCCAAAGUGGGCCAUCAGAGGAGCCGAUGGAAAAUCACAGUUGUGUGUCAGAGGACAACAAAAGCCUGGAAGUAGAACAGGUCACAGAAACAAUCGAUAAUGGGCUUCAACACAAGGAUGAGAUUCAUCAAAAAGAGAUCGAUGCCCCCUCGCCAUCUCGUGAGCAAGACAAAGCUGUCAGUGAACACAGCAUCCCUUUGGGAGUGGAGUUCGUCGUGCCGAGGACCGGCUUCUACUGUAAACUCUGCGGCCUGUUCUACAACAGUGAGGAGACUGCAAAGACCAUUCACUGCCGCAGCACCGUGCAUUACAGGAACCUACAGAAAUACCUGUCCCAUCUGGCAGAGGAGAGUCUGUCGGGGGUUGUUGCUGAAACCUGCACAGUGACGUCCGCUUGACUUCUCACGUCUUGUACAGCGAACAGCAGAGGAAAGAUCUGUGUGUGUGUGUGUGUGUGCUGGUGGUGCCAGGUUAUGGAAAACUACAGCAUCGAUAAUGGUACACAUAGAGUAUGAGGAUAAUUGCACUGGUUUUUAUAUUUUGAGAGAAGGGAUGUUUGGAUGUCUUAAUUGGCACUGACAACCAGACACAUCUCAAUUGUGUAAAUACCUGGGGCUACAGUAUUUAAUUGCUUUUUUUUGUUGGUUUAUCAAUUUUUCUUACAGCUUAUUUUAUUCGAUUGUGUGUAAUGAAAUGCAUUUCUUAUUCUUUGGAAUGGAAAUGUAUUUGCUCUCAUGUGUAAUGACUGAGAAGACAAUUUUUUACAGUAUGGGCUUCUGUUAGUCCAUUUUCUGAUUGUAACUAAAUUUGAGCUAAAAUGAUACAUAACGAUUGCAAAAUGACUUGAAAUAUGUGCCAAGGAAUUUUUACUCUGUUAAAAAUAUGAUUCUCAGGUUUGUUGUAUUUGUUUCAUAGAUGUAUAGCAACAUUACAUCUUUAUUUAUAUGUGGGGGUUUAAAGGAUCUUGCUGUUCUGUAAUCGUGUCAUCAAUGAUAUAUGUCUAUCAGGUAAAAAUAUAAAUCAUUCGGAUUGAUAAUAAAGAAUAAAUUUAAAAUCUUUUUUUUUAAAGUUUCAUUGUUGGAUUGUAUUCAAAAAAGCAAUCCCGGUCAUAUUUGCCAACAUAUGUAAUGCCUUAAAUAUUUAAGUUCUUAAACUGGACCAUGUUUUUAAUUUAUCAGUUAAACAUGCAAUGUUUCAUGUUACAGUGAUUUGUUGAGAGGGAUUAUCAAGCCAAAUUCUGUUCUUGUAUACUGUGAAUACUGAUCCUGUGAGAUCAAUAGUGUUGUUUUCUUUGACGAGCUUUUCAUAUGAUUUUUGAUGCAAAAAACGUAAAUAAACAUUUAAAACUUU